AUGAGCGCGCUGCGAGUCAGGCCGGCCCCAGCGGGUCCCCGCGGUCUCCCCGCGAGGGCGCGCCGACGACGCGCUCCGGAACCGCCGCCGGCGCCGCCACCCGCCGGGGAGGACCGACCAGAGUGCGCGCGCGCGGUCGAGGGCCCCGCCUCCUCGCGACGGGGGCCCCCGUGCGAAUGCCACCGCGGUGACCGCUCAAGGACCAACAGUUUUUAUGUACUUACAAACCGAAUGUCUUGUAGGAGUCGAAUUAUGAUUGUGGUGUGCUUGGCAUGCUGGGUAAUAGCGGAAGAAUGCUGGGCAGCAAAAUUGUCUGCCAAUCGCGUCAAUCUCAUGGACCAGAAUUCCCUAAGGCCACAACAUCAGCUGAGUACCCGCACCCUGCUGAGAAGCAAAGACUGGGUGAAGAUAACGGAGUCGCCGGAAGCGGUGAUCAGUUCCCAGCUCGGUGAGAGAGUGGAACUCAACUGCGAGGCUAUUGGCAGCCCUGCUCCUAGCAUACACUGGGUGCAGGGACUGACGCCUCUUGCGCAGGGAGAAGGGGCGUUGGAGGACAACGCGGUGACCAACGACGUGGGCCUGGCCAGCGGCGGGAUGGCCAAGGUGCGGUCGCGGCUGGUGCUGGACUGCGUCAUGCCGCGCCACGAGCAGCCGUACACGUGCGUGGCGUCCGCCGCGGGGCAGACGGCCGUCGCCGCCCCCGCCAUGCUGCUCGUGGAAGACGGCGGCACCAGCAACCUGACCGCCCUGCUGUCGGCCUGCCCCGGCUCGAGGGGGAGCGCGGCCCGGAUCACCGGCUGGAGCCCCCUCUACAUGGACAACAUGGGCAACGACGUCGCCCUGCAGUGCUCCGUGCAGGGCCGGCCCCGGCCCCAGGUCUACUGGCUGGACGGGGACUCGGGCCUCGUCGCCAACACGCAGCCCAGAUACAAGGUUCUCCCCAGCGGCGAUCUGCUCAUCGAGAAGCUGAGGUGGGCGGACAUGGGCACCUACACGUGCGUGGCCGCCAACGCACACUCGAAGGACGCCGCCACCACCUUCCUGUACCCUGUCCUGAACGAGGAACGCUAAGUGGCGGCAACGAGAUUUUCCGUUCUGAAGUCUGAUGAUUGCUAGUCAGUAGCUUGUGUGUCCAUACCUGUACAGCUGCUAUUGUCCGUAACCUCUACCAGAGAUAUUAUUGUAUUACAUGUUCGUACUAAACACUACGCUACUGCACCUUA